AUGUGUGAGAGGGCUUUGGGACACGGCCUCGAAGAGCAGAUGCAAGAUGCGCUGCGGGGAAACGACUCGGCCCUCCAUGCAGGGGACACGCGCGCAGAGACGACGGCGGAACCACGGGGCUUAGAAAGAACAUAUUCGGUUACUACUCGGCUCUUCCCAAAAGAAAAUGAAACGCAGCCCUGCUGGAGGAGAGGAGGCUCUGUCGCUGCAGAGCUCCGUUAUAACGCGGGAGAGAUGAAAUCUUACACGAGCGCAUGCAAAGCAAGGAAGCAGAGCCUGCGAGGCGGGAAAAGCACCCGCGGCUUCCCUGAGGCCGCCCGUGUUGUCAACGUAACCGCCUGGAAACCCCGCGCUGGGGCCACGCACACGGAGGAGGCCGGGAGAAGCGGUGUCAUACUUCCCCUGCCAGAGAAUGUGAAAGAAUAUUUGCUGGAUGAUGGAACGCUUGUGGUUUCCGGAAGAGAAGAUCCGCCAAGUCAUGCUCAGGAGGGGAGUGAUGAUGCAGAGGAGAUACAGUGGUCGGAUGAUGAGAAUACUACAACGCUUAAGGCACCAGAAUUUCCUGAGUUCACAGCUAAAGUUCAAGAAGCAAUAAGUUCCUUGGGUGGCAGUGUUUUUCCUAAACUUAACUGGAGUGCUCCAAGGGAUGCCUACUGGAUAGCAAUGAACAGCUCUCUGAAAUGUAAAGCUCUCAGUGACAUCUUCCUACUCUUCAAGAGUUCAGACUUUAUUACUCGUGACCUCACUCAGCCAUUUAUUCACUGUACUGAUGAUUCCCCUGACCCUUCCUUGGACUAUGAGCUUGUUCUUCGCAAAUGGUGUGAAUUGAUCCCUGGUGCAGAAUUCAGAUGCUUUGUCAAGGAAAACAAGCUUAUAGGUAUAUCACAGAGGGACUACACUCAAUACUACGAUCAUAUCUCUAAGCAACAUGAGGAGAUCUGUAGAUCAAUACAGGAGUUUUUCAAGAAACACAUACAGUAUAAAUUCUUGGAUGAAGACUUUGUUUUUGAUGUGUACAGAGACAGCAGGGGUAGGACUUGGUUAAUAGAUUUUAACCCAUUUGGGGAAGUAACAGACUCCCUGCUGUUUACGUGGGAAGAACUGACCUCUGGGAAAAACUUGAAAGGAGACCAUGAUGAAGGGGAAACAACUGAACAGGACUGUCCAGUUUUCCGUUGUACGAACAGUAAAGUUACUGUCCAGCCUAGUCCAUACCUGAGUUACCGACUGCCGAAAGAUUUUGUGGACCUUUCUACAGGAGAGGAUGUUCACAAAUUGAUUGACUUUCUUAAACUGAAAAGAAAUCAGCAAGAUGAUGACUGAGGUAUCAACAAGCAUUACACUGAAUUACAAGCAAGAAAUGUGGCAAAAGCUAUAUUUAAUAUAACUAUUAAGCUAUCGAUUUAAAGAAAACCUGCUUUUUAUAGUCAGGGAAAGAGCUGAAGAGGUGUUCAUCCUGUGUGUCUGUUGGUUGAUAUAAAAGUACUGAAAAUCUUUUUCAGGAAAACAUGAAAGGUCAGGGUGAGUUCUCACUAGAUUCCAGGUUAAAUGCAUUUAUACCAUGGUGCAAGCAAGCAACAAUCUGAGUGCGACUGAAUGACUGCUUUCCCAUCUCAUAAUGUGAAGAUUGAUGCCACUGAGGUAUGCUGUUGGACUCUUCAGUGAUAAAUGUGACAACAUUUAAUGCUUGUGCAGUUAAAACAUUCUCUGAAUUUAGGCAAUCUUGCUUAAAAUAUAAUCACAAGGAAAGAAAGGAAUGUAUGUUUUUUGCCGUAGUAACCUUUUAAAAUUGUAAAUUGUUUUGGGAGCGCUUCUCAUCCUUACUUUAUGUAAAAAAAGACAAAAAAAGAGGGGGGAGAGGGAAUAUUUUUCUUUGUUCUGAGGGCUAAUACCUCAUUUCAGCGAACAGCUAUAGCUAUAGUAGACCUAAGGUUUGAAAAUGUUGUAUUUCAGGAAUUUGAAAGUCUGAAUGCUUUUCAAGUAAUGUAAUAAUAUUUUCACAGUAGCUAAAGCUAUGAAAUUUGUUAAACUUCACCAAAUUUCAGUUAAUUUUCAUAGUAAAGCUUUCUUUAAACCUAUUGUUUAACAUAAUUACAUACCAGACAUCAUCUGUGGCUUUAAUAUAAAUAGUUAAACGGAACAUCAACCUGUAAUUUUAUAUAUGGACUCAGACUUUUCUUUCAUAUCACAUCUCUAGUUUCUUAAGAGAACUCUUUCAGCUCUUAAAAUUCUGUAUUCAUUUGGUCCCUUUUUUGUGUGUGUGUAGAAGGAAGCUUGGCUAAAUUUUGGGAAACAGAGGCUCUUGUUAACAGCAGCUGUUAUUUGGGAGGUGGGGGGAGUGUCAGAUGAAGAACCAGCUAAAUUUUGGAUAUAGGUGUUUGCAUGGCAUUGAUAAUUUGUUAACAGUAUACACAAUUCCUGAUGAAACGAAAGGACAUUUGGAGGUGCUCAUAGUACCUGGAAACUGGUUCCUAUUUCAAACCAGUUACGUGAUACUUUGUGUGUGUGUAUAAAGCUGUUCAUGUUUCUUUGCCUUGCUUUUGCUGUCAAAUUGAUAUGGUGCUUGGUUACAAUCUGUUCUUAGGUGUUAAAUUAUUACUUACUGUCUUUAUUUAGCUUCAGUUUUGAAUGUAUACUUAUUCUAGUUAAAGAUUAUGUGGAUUAAGAAUCCAGUUCUACCAAAUACAUUGAUGAAACGUCACAGAUUAAAGCUUGUGGAGUCUGAGAAUACAACAUCUACCCUACCCUUGAAGCGAUUGAAUCUCCUCAAUAGCUUUUUGUACACAAAUUAGAUGAUCGUUAACUCAGGUCUGGGCUAUACCUAAUUCUGCCAUACUGUGGGAUUUUGGAUGAGUUUUUCUCACCUUUAUCAGAGAGAUUAUUUGAGUACAGAUGUCUCUAAAUAAGGUAGGAACUUCAAAACAUAGAAGAUGACAAAGCUUUCCUUUUUCUUUUAAAGUUUCUACCCAUAACUUAAGCUAUUGUGAUGAUCUAACCACAUUUCCAUUACACAGACAAGGCUCUGGAAUUUCCAGCAGAUUCGUAAAUGCUUCUGAACUAUAGUGUUGUCUUUAAAAAAUACCAAAUCUUGGUUUAAAGCUCUAAGAUAGUUUCCUGCAUCUUUUUUGUGGGCUCCACUAAUUAAUUUACCACUGUCACAGCUUUCUGUGCUGGAUAUUCAUGAGAACAUAUAUGGUGUCAGGACCAGUUUGGUGGGACCCUGUGCACUCUAGAGUAUCCCAUUAGGUGAGUAGGCUGGAGCAGGAGCCUUUUUAACAGUCCUUUGCUUCUUGAUGUUACUAUUUAUCCUGAAAGUGGCAUCACCAAGUGAACUGACCACAGUCAGUGCAGAGCUCUUAGACGUGCUGGCAGCCUUCCUACGUUUGCAAGAACUGCAGUCUUCUGCAGGUGCUCUGUGUUUAUAGUUGAGCGCUUCUAGGACAAAUUGCAGUGGAAUCAAACAGUGGCCCAGCACCUGGCUCCCUAAAUGGCUUUGCUGCUUGCUAGCCUGGGCUGAUCCUCUAGUUAAAGGACCACCAUAAUAACAUGCUUGGCCACUCCUGUCUCCUACCCAGUGCCCUGUGGCACAGCUUGCCCCUCCAUCCCUCAUCAGUUUCAACAGCUGUUUAACAUACUCGAAGACUUCUCUUUAUAGUCAUAUGCUAGUGAUAAGUGAAUUCAAAGCUUAUUUUUCUCCCCUAUGAUUUACAAACAGAUGACCAAUCUGAAUUAAUGGACUGUUCAGCCAAGCAGUCAAACACUGAUAACUAACUUCAUUUCCAAGUUGCAGGAACUUAUGCCACUUCCUCUGGGCUUAGUUUUAAUGAAGGAGCAUAAAAGGUAGCAGAGCAAAAAUACGAGUCCCAUCUUCAGGUCCUAAUACAGAAAGAGUCCCCACUAUAAAAAUGUGUUCUAUGUAAUCAGAUUCCCCAAAAUAUCAUAUCCUUACAACUUAAAUACAUACUUUAUUUGCUUCUCUUUCCAACUUCAUGUAACCAGAUGUUGAGGUUUUUUGUCUGCUAGAUUAAAGAUUCCUCUUGUAAAUGAAUUUUCAUCUCAUACGACCUUUUGAUCUGCAGGAUAAUUAACAAACAUUCCUCUUGGGGAGGUGAGGUGGCUGAUAUUGAUACAUUAAAAAUGCUUCAGUUUCAUAUAUGACACUGUUAAUUCUAUUUCAGGUCAUCAUAAAAUCAAUUUCUGUCCCUAACCAACAUACAGAAACUUGAAAAUACAAAAUUCCCAUUGUUAGGUCCUUGUUCAUAUGAUUCAAUCAUAUGAUCACCAUUUGCUGAGUUAAGGGCUAACUAUAUAUUCUUAAUUAUAUGCUUAAAACUUAUAUAAAGGUACUUGUAAUCUCACCUAGAUGACAAACAUGAGAAGUUUUAGAGGUAGCAUGAAGUCAUUUUAUAUAGACCAUAUGCUUGUCGUACUCUUAAGAAGUCUGGCUAUGUCUAAUGGCUCGAGUGUAGUGAGUCUCAGUUCCUGGACUGCAUCUCUGCCAGGAGCACCAAAAAAAAGUCUUCGUUGUUUCACAGCCAAUGCUUGCGAUAUUUAAUCUUCCAGAUGGAUAGUGGGGAUCACAAUUCUGGUAACCCCAUAAGCAGUAGCUACUGACAUGUACUGGGUUAGUUCAGGAUUUGGAAUCAUGCUUCUGUACUUCUGGGCUGCAGACUGUCCAUUCUGUUUAUACUCCUUUGGCUCCUAUUUGCAGUGUUGUCCACAUCUUUCCUGGCCCACCAAUCUAAUACUUGGGUGAAUGUUAAGAUUAGCAUAAGCAGCAACAUGGAUUGUACUGAUCUGAAUUUUAAAACCUCUCUCUGUCCACUUUUUCCUCCCUCUCGGAUGAUUUUUAGUGGUGCUCUAUAAUAUCUGAAUAAAACCCCUAAAGGUAGGGGAAUAAUAGCCAGCUCCAAGUCUCAGUAAGAUGAAUACCACUUGUUGGAUUCUGGUCACAGUGUAUGACUUGUAAAAACUCCAACUGAAUAGAAAUUUCCUGUAACUCCUUAUGCACUCACCUGUUGCUGAUGUCCAGGAUGCGGUGCUGGCCAGAAAGAAGUACCCAGUGAGAUACAGUUCAGGUGCCCAUUUAAGGGCAUCAUAGACUGUUAAACUAAACCAGCUAGGUUUCAGGCUUUCAAGAGAGUGUUGCCAGAUGAAAGGAUUUCAAAAUAGAUAGCAUGGAGGUGGGUAGCAGCGUGACACAAACCUGCGUAAAAAUACUUCUGGUACCUUUGUGCACCACUGAGUGAGUUUAGCUUUCACAAACGGUCCCAAAUCCGAGGUGUUGAAUAGCUGGAGAAGAGCACACAGUAUCUGUCAGCGAGUAUAAACAGGCACUUGGCAACUGGUAAAUAAUUUCAACCUUAGAGGCCAAGAGUCUACAAUUCAGGUUGUGUUUGGGUAUUGCUUCAAGAAAUAAUACUGAACUAAAAUACCUAUCUUUGACUACAAGAAGAUGGGCCUUAAGGUAUAAUACAGAAACAGACCAUAGUGCUUUUGAUUCCUGAUGGAUACUUGGUAAUGCUGAUAUUUAAAAGCUUAAUAAAUCUGUCUUAACAUAAGUUUGCCUGGAUGUUGAAUUAUCAGUGUCUUUAUUUCUGUUUGAAUUUGGCCUCUGUAAAGAGAAAAUCUCCAGCUUGUGGUCAUCCUGAAAUUACAUAGAAUUCAAAUGAGACUUGUUACCAUAACUGGGGUAUUUUGUGCAGACCUGAAGCUUUAUGAAAGGUACGGAGUCCUUAAGCAGAAAUGUGUGAUUACAGAUUUUUAUAGUAAUAAAGACGUUGGCACUGCA